AGGGAUCGUUGCAAGCCGUCUGAAAAUUUAUGAACUAGCUGCAGGCCAUCACACUCGGCGCACAUUGAUAAAGCAACAAGAAGAUGGCGCCUAUACACAAGAGAAAACCCGUCGAGGAUGAUUUUAUCCAUACAAUUUCCGACAAUGACGAGGAUUUGAUCGAUGAACAAGAAACCGUUGCGGAGCCGCCCAAGAAGAAGUCCAAGAAGACAGAAAAGGCCAAGAAUGGGAAGAAGCCCACCAAUGACGUGGAAGAAGAUGCGGCAGAUGAUGGAUGGGGUGGAAUUGACGACGACGAUGGUGCUAUGAACCCUGACUUUGAAUUUGCUCUCGAUGACGCUGGUCAAUUCGGCGACGCAGAGUUCGAAGGCUGGGGUUUUGACGACGCAAAGUCUGCCAUGAACUUGGACAAGAAGGCUGUUGAUUUGGAUGAGAUCAUUCGACGCCGAAGAGAAAAGCGCGCUGGAAAAUCAGAACCGAAAGAAGACAAAGCUGACGGAGACGAAUCCAUGGGCGAUGAUGACGAAUUUGACUUUGACGACGCAGACGACGAAGUUCUCGCCGACGACGCUUUUGGUAUGAACGUUGAUUCAGAGAACGAAGAAGACUCUGGAGAUGAAGCUGUUGGUGACGACAUGGACGCCGAACACCACGAUGACGACGAUGACGAUGACGCUGCCUCCGACAACGACUCCGUCGCCACCCCUACUGGCCAUCCCGAUGACAACGGUUCAGAUGAAUCAGAUCAGGAAGACGCGGAGGAAGAGGCCCGACGAAAGGAAUUCUUUGCCCCAGACGACGAGCAGCCACAGAAGGGCAAAAAGGAUGGACCAGCAUCCUUCCAAGCCAUGUCUCUCUCUCGUCCCAUUUUGCGCGGUCUUACUGCCGUCGGCUUCUCGAAACCCACACCUAUUCAAGCGAAGGCCAUUCCUAUUGCUCUUAUGGGACGUGACUUGGUUGGUGGCGCCGAAACGGGUUCAGGAAAGACGGGUGCUUUCAUUGUACCGAUUCUGGAACGUCUGCUAUACCGACCCAAGAAGAUUCCUACGUCGCGAGUUGUAGUCCUCACACCCACACGUGAAUUGGCUAUCCAAUGUCACGCCGUUGCUGUGAAACUAGCUGCGCAUACUGAUAUUAAAUUCUCUCUUGCUGUUGGUGGUCUCAGUCUCAAGUCUCAGGAGGCUGAACUCAGACUUCGCCCUGAUGUUAUUAUCGCUACUCCUGGUCGUUUCAUCGACCACAUGCGAAACUCUGCAAGCUUUAGCGUUGACACCAUUGAGAUUCUUGUUCUUGAUGAAGCCGAUCGCAUGCUGGAAGAUGGUUUCGCCGACGAACUUAACGAAAUUCUUACUACGCUCCCCAAGUCCCGCCAGACUAUGCUCUUUUCCGCCACCAUGACAUCGACAGUCGACCGCUUGAUUCGCCUCGGCAUGGAGAAGCCAGUACGACUUAUGGUGGAUUCACAAAAGAAGACUGUUGGAACCUUGGUACAAGAAUUUGUCCGUUUGAGACCUGGCCGAGAGCAAAGGCGACUUGGAUACCUUGCCUAUAUUUGCCAAAAUCUAUACACAGAAAGAGUCAUCAUCUUCUUCAGACAAAAGGUUGAGGCACAUCGCGCCCGAAUUAUCUUUGGUCUCCUCGGUCUAUCUUGCGCUGAGCUACACGGUAGCAUGACACAGCUGAUGCGUAUUGAGAGUGUUGAAGCUUUCCGUGAUGGAAAGGUUUCAUUCCUGUUGGCUACUGAUCUGGCGUCCAGAGGUCUGGAUAUUAAGGGUGUUGAUACUGUUAUCAACUACGAGGCGCCCCAGUCACUUGAGAUUUACGUGCACAGAGUUGGUCGUACCGCCCGUGCUGGUCGCAAGGGUGUUGCUGUCACCAUUGCAGCUGAACCUGACCGCAAGGUUGUCAAGGCCGCAGUCAAGGCUGGCAAGGCUCAGGGAGCCAAGAUUGUGAGCAGAGUGAUUGACGCUGCCGAAGCUGACAAGGUCCAAGCCCAGAUUGACGACAUGGACAAGGAGAUUGACGAGAUUAUCAAGGAGGAGAAGGAAGAGAAGCACCUUGCCAACGCUGAGAUGCAGCUGAGAAAGGGUGAAAACAUGAUUGAACACGAAAAGGAGAUCAAGGGCCGACCUAAGAGAACAUGGUUCGAGACGGAGCACGAGAAGCAAAAGGCCAAGGACGCUGGCCGCACCGAGCUCAACGGAGAAUCAGCGCGCAGCAAGAAGAACGCGGGCAAGAUGAGUAACAAGGAGAAGAAGAAGCUGGAGACCAAGACAGAACGCACGGAGGGCCGAGCCUGGAAGAAGGGCAAGGGAGAUGCUGAGAGAGUUGCUGGUAACCAUAAGAAGCGUGUCGUCAAGGGCGGACGCGGAGGCAGCAGAGGCAGAGGCGGCCGAAGAUAAUUCCGCCUCUUGGAUACAAGACUCAUAUAAAAAUCCUACUGUACAUAGAUAGACAAUAUCAAAAAAUCAAGAUCUAACUACAUCCGAUUGAUCCACAGUGCU